GCAGGAGUCGUCUGCAAUUGGGGGCGGCGAUGCAUCCAACGUGGGCAAGGGUUUCCAGAGCCCGAGGUGUAGGCAGCGCGGGAGCUGAUAACUUACCUUAUAUCUAUUGCAUGAGGAGUCUGCUGUUUUGCUUCUUUUCGCCGUCCUCUGCCCCAAGGUCUUUUUCGCCUCAAUCCUUUCCCUUUCUAUCUCUUUAUCCUCUCAGUCAGUAUAGACCGAUCGACGAUUCGUGGCCAUGACUGUCUCCCAGAUUCGACCCGUGCGACUGUCUCCCGAGACAACGCGGCUGCUUGAGAUUGAUGCUCAAUACUCGGCGGGCGGAGUGUUUCCCCUUCCCGUCCUCAUCAAGUCGGGCAAAGGAUCGGAUGUCGACGGAAAGGAGAUCAUUGACUUCCAUCUGCAUGCUGAGCGCAACCAACCUCGGCCAGUGCCAACCGCAGCUUCUGAAGGCUUCACCCUGACGAACAUCGCCACUAAGGUGGGCGAUUGGGUCGAAUUUACGCGAGACAUGUGUCAGCGAUUCGGAUAUGGGACAAUGGUCGGCAUGGUUUACAGUCAAGAAGAGAGGAGAGCCUCAGUCUGCGUACUGUUAUGA